AUCAAGAGCAUUUACAGCAUCUGGAUGAAGUUUUCGGUCGACUCGCCAAUUAUGGGUUUAAACUGAAGCCAUCUAAGUGCUAUUUACUCAAGUCCAAGGAACAAUACUUAGGCCAUAUUGUCAGCGCCAAGGGGGUGGAGCCUGACCCCGAAAAAGUAAGAGCGGUAAGAGACUGGCCUAUCCCUACAACGAUCCGAGAUGUAAGACGCUUCUUGGGAUUCGUAGCUAUUAUAGAAGGUUUAUAGCCAAUUUUGCGAAAAUUGCCGCUCCACUACACGAACUGUUGAGAAACGAUUCAGGAAAUGAAAUAAGGAGGAAUACCAUCAUCAAGUGGACGAAUCGCCAGGAUGAAGCAUUUGAGAGAUUGAAGACAUUACUUACAGAAGCCCCACUCCUAGCUUAUCCCAACUAUGAGAUUCCAUUUAAAGUGUAUACCGAUGCAAGUACUCAAGGUUUGGGCGCGGUCUUGGCACAAGAUCAGGAAGGAAAAGAAAGAGUAAUUGCUUACGCAAGUAGGGGGCUAAGGAAAACCGAAAGGAAUGAUGAAAAUUACAGUGCCUUCAAACUAGAACUAUUAGCACUGAUUUGGGCCGUAACAGAUAAAUUUAAAGAUUACCUGGCUGCAACUCCGUGUGUUAUCUAUACGGAUAAUAACCCCCUAGCACACCUCCAGACAGCGCGGUUAGGGGCGUUAGAACAGAGAUGGAUGGCCCGGCUGGAAAACUUCCAAUAUCGAAUCAAAUUCAGGAGUGGACGGUCUAAUGUUAAUGCCGAUGCACUAUCUCGACUGCCCGAAAGUCCGGAAGAAGAAGUAGAGGAUCAAUGGGAAGAAGUAGAAAUCCCUAUGUUCGGACCAGGACCAAGUAAACAACGGGUGGCGGUUAUUAACCAUACAGAAAUCCUCAUCUCUGCAGUAACUGAUGACAUUCUAAGUCAGCAUGAUAUGGAUUGGAAAAAGAUUCAAGAUGGAAGUCCAGUACUGCGACAACUCAAACAAAUCAUUUCUACAAGAAAAAUUCCAAGCAGGACCGAACGACAAGGAUUAGAUCCCGAGCUCCUUCAGUUACUAAGGCAUAGGGAUCGCGUUAGUUAUGCCCAGGGGAUUAUGGUCCGCAGCACUAUAGACCCAAGAACCCACCAGGCUGUGAAUCAGAUUAUAGUGCCGCAACAACAGAAGGAUCAGAUAUUACAAGCCUAUCACGACCGUUCCGGGCAUUUUGGAGUCAAGAAGACCGAGACAGCCAUAAGAAAGAAAUUCUUUUGGGUCGGCUUACGGUUGGAUAUAGAGAAAUGGAUAGAAAGGUGUUCUGCCUGUGUGGUGAGAAGAGACGUUCAGCCGGGGCAGAAAGCACCAUUACAUCCCAUUUCUUGGACCUCGUAGCCUUGGAUCAUGUCAAGUUAGGGCCUAGUAAUGCCGGAUAUCAAUAUGCCCUCAUGAUUAUCGAUCAUUACUCCAAAUUUAUUGUAACAGUUCUGGUCCGGGAUAUCACCGCCAAAACCACAGCAGAAAUCUUCUUGAAGAGUUUUGUCCGACCAUAUGGGUAUCCGGAACGCGUUUUAACGGAUCAAGGCCCCGCGUUCGAAUCGUUGCUGUUUACAGAAUUGUGCAAAAUCUAUGGGUGUAGGAAACUUCGGACCACCCCAUACCACCCACAAAGUAAUGGGUUAUGCAAACGAGCAAACCAGACCCUAUUGGAAAUGAUCCGGUCGAUUCCGUUGCCCCAAAGACUAAACUGGCCUGCGUUGUUGCCAGAAUUGACCUAUCUUUAUAAUAAUAUGGAACAGGCAUCUACUGGGUAUACACCAUACUACCUUUUGUUCGGAAGGCUGGGAAAACUACCCGCAGAUCUUGAGUUAAAUACGAUCCCGGAAGAUGCCCUCGUCCCACAAACCGAAUGGGUGAUGGAGCAUAAACGUCGCAUUGAGGAAGCUAAGGAAGUGGUAGAAAGGAAGAUGGAAGAAGUACAUCGAAGACAGGAGGAUUAUUACAACAGAGAUGCGCUGGCUGAACCAUUACAAGUCGGAGAUAGGGUCUGGAAAAAGAACACUCAGCGUAAGAACAAAUUGGAUAAUAAAUGGGAACUCAUACCAUAUAUAGUAAUUAACCUUCCCACUCCGGACACCGUUGUCUAUGAGAUAAAGAAGGAAGAAGGAAUUGAAAGUAGAACGAUAAUGGUACAUCGAAAUCAGCUCAAGCUAUGCGUAUCCAAAGCAAUGUCAGAGGGUGUACAAAGAGAAACCAUUCCGGCAAUAAAAAGUUGGGAAGAUGCAAACCGUUAUCCUUUACGAGAUCCAGUUGAAUUAUUACUAUUUAUGGGUGGGCCCUUUCCAUCCAGUAGAGGAGUUGUAGAUGCCCUACCGCCUGCAAGCACCCCAGUGAAUGAGAACGUCAUGGAACCCAAACCGGUUCAGGAAAAUGAGGAUGAGAUCAAUAUGGAAAUAAGCUCAAAAAGGCCAGUUAGAAGCACUAGGGGAGUCAAACCACUCCGGUUUAGACAAUUGUAAGUCCACUCUAAGUAUGCAUGAGAUAUUGUAUCACACUGAUUUAAGUCAUUAGUAUAUGCAGUAAUUUAGGAAAAUUGUAAGACAUUUUGUAACUGUUCGGUGGAAAAGUAAGAUGCAUGAGGACAAGCAUCAUUUAAGUGGGGCUGAAUGUGGUGCCCCACUGCCGUGAAGAUGAUAAUUGUGCACCACGGUAGUAAAUAUAGUGGUAUUGUUGUCACCCACUGGGCAGUGAAUUUAUUGUAUCUAAAUUUAUUGUAUUUAUUGUAUUGAAUUUAUUGUAUCUAAAAAUCUGUACUGCAUGAACAAUAGUCUGGGGGGACCCGCACAUGGGGGAUAUGGAGAGAGACUGGCCCUGCACAAGAAUAAAACUGUUGGGUCCCGGCGGAAGGAUACGGGGACUCGGGGAAAGGAGGUGAAGGGGAGUGAGGACGAGUCAGUUGGCAGUUGAGCAACGGAAGAGAGGGGGUCUGAGCUAACGAAGCAGGGGAAGCGCUGUAAGGCUAUGGAGCUUGAGGACAGGGUUUGGUCUCCCUUCGCGAUCAGCGACUCUCACCCGGUGUUUGGCACCCAGCAGCAGUAGCGAUGUGAGCUCUCCCUCGGCAGCAGUGAGCGGAAAAUCCACGCCGGCGGGACCCGGGACGCAAGCCUCCAGCGGCGGUGGUGAGGAGCUGAGCUGAGGCGGCUGGCAGUGACGCAGAGAUCCGGAGGGAGAGGAGAGGAGCGGCCUGUUGGUUGGUCAGUAUGGUUAUGGGCAGAGACUGAUGACGUCAUUUGUGGGCUUCAUUCUCUUGUGUCUGGAUGCCGCAAGUAUCAUGUGGGUGUCUGGUGUCGGGGAAUAGGUGAGCUAAAACGUUU